AUGACUGAAUCAGCUGAUACCGAUACUGAAAAUGACGAUGUUGUUGAGCAAGCUAGUGAUGAAGAAAAUGUUGACUUAAGUGCGUCUGAAUCAGAGGAGAAUGAAGAGAUGUCUCCCACUGUUGUUACUAGACGUGAAAUUCUUCAAGAAGCAAGCACAAGUUUAUCUCCUCCUCCUAUGCACUCUCAAAUUGCGGUUCCAACAUAUAGUGAUUUGGAUCGGUCUGAAGCUGAAGGUAACAUUGCUGAUGUUUCCGGGUUCACACCUGAUUCACCGUCAGAAAGUACAGAGCAAGUUGAAGAGAGGAUUAGGGGCAGUGCAGCUGUUCUUGCAUCAAGUCUUGGUUUGAUGAAGAAGCCUAGGAUUGCUGGAUUGAAUGAAGUUGUGAAGAAUAUUGUUGCAGAAGAGCUUGGAAUUCGUGUUGCCAAAGAUGGAGAAUAUGAAUCUGUUGCCCUUAACAAUGCAACAACUGGGCUGGUGAAACUAUCUGAAUCUGUUGCCGUAAACAUUGCAACAUCUGAGUUGGAGAAGGAUUCUGAACCUGUUGACUUGAGCAAUGCAACAAAUGAGCAAGAGCAUCAUGUUUUUGAGACUAGACUAGAAAGGGAAAGACUUCAUCAUCAAUUGGACUCUAGUGCUAUAAAUGUUGCAGCAGGAAGCAAAGAUGUACUUUCCUCGGAGAGUCUCAUUUCAGAAAAUGAUUUUGCCCCCUUGAAUGUUGUCGUUGCUGAAGACAUACCUGUCCUCCCUAGUGGUGUUGUUGUUCACGAUUUAACUUCUGAUGAGAAGGUGGACAAGGAUAAUCGGUUAAAGAAAAGGAAACGUCUUGCAUUGCCGACAACUGUACCAGCAAGAAAAUCUCCAAGGCUUGCACGAAUGCGUGAUGAAAGCAUUCCUCAAUGUUCAGAUUCAAUUCUGAAAACCAAGAAUAUUACAAAAUCUUCAAUAAAAGAUGGCAAUUCAAAAGACAGUGCAAUCCCUAUCUCUCCAACUGUUGUUGAUGCUCAGACUCCAAAAUCUUUCACUGGAACCAACACUUGCAGGUCCAUUGUUGUUUCUCCUCUGAAACUGCUUGGAAACACAUCAAGCGAUGUUGAUUUUGAAGAAUUCACCUUAUCUGAGGAGGUUCAGCAAGUAAUGGCAGGAAACAUUACUCACCUAAGUGAAAAGGGAGUUAAAGAGCUUGCAAAGUAUGAGAAGGCAUCUAAAGCCUUCUUAGAAAGGCAGCGAGCAUUGAAAUCAGCUGCUUGA